AUGCUAGAAGAUGCCACCUCUACUGAAUCAUUGGAUGCGAUAGCACGUAAGAAAGAACUACUUCUCCAACGAUUGCAGCAACGACGGCCUGUCAAGCAUGCUGGUUCAGCGCUGAUUACGCUUCAAUUUCUGGAUUGUAAUGAUGCUCACCCGCAUUGUCUGGGCAAUCAAGUGAACUCGCCGAUUGAAGGCAUAUAUCAUCCAUCAACAGUUCAUAUUCAGGGAGUGCAUGAUUGCAAGCUCGUAUUUCUUCCUGUUGAUACAUCCAUUCUCGUGUAUGACUGCACA